CUUCGAGUCCCUCGCUCGCCUCCUGGUCUCGCCGGAGCGCACCGAGUGCCUCUUUAGCGGGAGCCAAUAUCCUUUUGUGCUAAUAGGCUUGUCCUCAUUUGCUGCCUAAUUGGACUAUAUAAAGCCAAUAACAGGCGGGCUCUUAUAGCCCGAAGCCAAAGCGCCAAAAUCCUAGGAAAGGCGAGGAGGGGGUGGUGGCGGAGGCGGCUGCGGGGCCGGGGCUCGCCUGUGCCUUCGCCUGCCUAAUCCCAUUUGCCAUUGUACGCGCCCAAUCGCCGUAUACUCCCUGCAUUUAACUUGGAUGACAUUUUGAUUUCAUCAUUAGCAUCCGGCGCCGGAUUGACGCAGCCCCAAGCCGGGGACUGCUCUUGCUGCCUCCUCCCCGGGAGCUGUAGCCGCCGCCGAGCCGCCUCUCUCCCUCGGUGCCGCGGCAGGGCCGCUCCCCGCCCCUCACCACCCCUCCCCAUGCGAGCCCUCCCGGCCGGGUCUUCACCCCGCCCUCGCGCCUCUGGAUUUGCGCCCGGGGCGGCCCUCGGCUUUGCGCCCCGCAGUUGAGUUCCGUUUAUGGUCUGAUUUCCGGCCGCCCACCUGCCCGCCCGGCCGCUAGCCUGUCCUGCUCCCUCCCUCGCGGGGACCCGGAGGAGAGGGGACCAUGCCAGAGCCCGGGCCGGACGCCCCCGGCACAGCUAGCGCGCAGCCCCCGCCGCCGCCGCCCCCGCCUCCCGCGCCCAAGGAGUCCCCGUUCUCCAUCAAGAACCUGCUCAACGGAGACCACCACCGGCCGCCCCCUAAGCCUCAGCCGCCCCCACGGACGCUCUUCGCUCCGGCCUCGGCCGCCGCCGCUGCCGCCGCCGCUGCCGCCGCGGCCAAGGGGGCCCUGGAGGGCGCCGCAGGCUUCGCGCUCUCGCAGGUGGGCGACUUGGCUUUUCCCCGCUUUGAGAUCCCGGCGCAGAGGUUUGCCCUGCCCGCGCACUACCUGGAGCGCUCCCCGGCCUGGUGGUACCCCUACACCCUGACCCCCGCCGGUGGCCACCUCCCGCGACCUGAAGCGUCGGAGAAGACCCUCCUGCGAGACUCCUCCCCCGCCUCCGGCACUGACCGCGACUCCCCCGAGCCACUGCUGAAGGCCGACCCCGAUCACAAGGAGCUGGACUCCAAGAGCCCGGACGAGAUCAUUCUAGAGGAGAGCGACUCGGAGGAAGGCAAGAAGGAGGGCGAGGCAGCGCCGGGCGCGGCCGGGGCAAGCGUAGGAGCGGCGGCGGCGGCGGGCGCGGAGGACUGGAAGAAGGGCGCCGAGAGCCCCGAGAAGAAGCCGGCCUGCCGCAAGAAGAAGACGCGCACGGUCUUCUCGCGCAGCCAGGUCUUCCAGCUCGAGUCCACCUUCGACAUGAAGCGCUACCUGAGCAGCUCGGAGCGCGCAGGCCUGGCGGCAUCGCUGCACCUCACGGAGACGCAGGUCAAGAUCUGGUUCCAGAACCGCCGCAACAAGUGGAAGCGGCAGCUGGCGGCCGAGCUGGAGGCGGCCAACCUGAGCCACGCGGCGGCGCAGCGCAUCGUGCGGGUGCCCAUCCUCUACCACGAGAACUCGGCGGCCGAGGGUGCGGCCGCCGCGGCCGCGGGGGCCCCGGUGCCCGUCAGCCAGCCGCUGCUCACCUUUCCGCACCCGGUCUACUACUCGCACCCCGUGGUCUCGUCCGUGCCGCUGCUACGGCCUGUCUGAGGCCCGAGAGGGGAGGAGGAGGGAGCGCCCGGCCCCCUUCCCAGACCCCGGAGGAGACUGGGCCGGGCCGAGGGCGGCGAGACGUCCAGCGGCCUUCGGGAACCGGGGCGUCGGCGCGCUGCCCCGGCCUCCCUCCCCCAAUUGGUAGCGUUUUGUAAGUAUUUGCAAUGCAUUUUCGUGCAAUUCACCCCUAAUGGAUUUGAGGCGCUUCCCCUCUUACUUUUGGUUUUGGUUAAUAUUAAGAGAGCAGGAAAAACAUACAAUUCCCCAGUCGAAUAUUUCAACCGAAAGCUUUUUGGAAUAUGAGCAACCCUCCCCCCCCAGUUUGCAUUCCGCUGUGGCUUUUUGGUUUUAUUUUUAUAGAAGACAAAUUAGCUAAAAAAAACCCCAGAACCCCUCUA